GUUACGGUGAUUUGCUGCUUUUCAUAUCUCAUAGGAUAGCAGUAAUGUCCUCUGAAGAAAAACUCACUACUUUAUCUAACACCACAUUUGUUCGUCCUGCAAGAUUCUACCUCAGUGGGUUUUCUAACAUGCCUCAUGCUAAAUAUUAUUAUGUCUUCUUGUGUUUUGUUUACAUCAUGACUGUUCUUGGAAAUAGCUUUCUUCUUUCUGUUAUCUACCUGGUGAAGACUCUUCAUACUCCCAAAUAUAUAAUUGUGUUCAACCUGGCUUUGACAGACUUGUGUGGGAGUACUGCUCUCAUCCCAAAAGUCUUGGACACAUUCUUGUUUGACAGGAGAUACAUUCUCUAUGAGGCAUGCUUGAGUUAUAUGUUCUUUGUUUAUUUAUUUGGAUGUGUGCAGUCAUGGACUCUAGUCACUAUGGCAUAUGACAGAUUUAUAGCUAUUUGUUUCCCGUUAAGAUACCACAGUAUUGUAACUAAAAGGUCUGUAGUUGCAAUGCUGCUGUUUUCUUGGGGUUUUGUGAUGAGUUUUGUUGCAACCAUGGUUGGGUUCCUUAAUCGUCUUUCUUUCUGUGGAUCUUUAGUGAUAGGAAGUUUUUUCUGUGAUCAUGGACCUGUAUAUCGUCUGGCCUGUAAUGAUAUAUCUUAUAACUACAUAACAGGGCUUAUUGCCUUCCUUGUAUUUUCUUGCAUCCCUCUUAUGCUGAUAAUUAUAACUUAUGUUGUCAUUUCAAUCUCACUGAGCAGAACCACUUCAAAAGAUGAAAGACUUAGAGCGCUGAAAACUUGUACAUCUCACUUGAUUCUUGUUGCUGUGUUUUUUCUACCUUAUGUCAGCACUAAUGUAGCUGCGCUGACUUCUUAUAUUCAUCCGAAUGCCAGAAUCAUCAAUGCUAGUUUAACACACACAAUUCCAUCUCUGAUUAAUCCUAUUAUAUACUCUUUAAAGACAGAAGAAGUUAUAAGUGCAAUUAAAAGGCUCUACAAAAGAAACAGACUUAACAUUGUGACAAACUGGUAAAAUCUAUUGUUCUCACUAGAAAAGUACUUUUUGUAAUUUAUGUUGUUUUCUUUGUCUUUG